UUUUAACAAAUCAAAGCAGUCAAAAACAAGUCGCGACAUAUUAUUCCAUUAGGUACGAUGUGAAAUAAUGAUAAUACAGUUUAAAUAAUGACUGUAAAGCAAUAACAUGGAUUUUUAAUGACUGACUACUUAGAAAAAUCAGAAACAAAAAAUGGCACAUUAAAAGUGAUCUAGCUAGAUCUAGAUUUAUAGGUGCAAAGUUGAAGAAACAGAAUAAAAUGCAAGGCACUGGAUUGGUCCCAGCUCGGUUUCUCACAUUGAUUGCACAUUUGGUGCUUGUGAUUGUUGUCUUUUGGACACGAGAUGAGAAUGUCAAAAUGUGUCUGCCUGAAGAUUACACUUCAAGUGAUUUCAAUGACAAAGACAUUGAGAUGAUUGUUGCCUUGUCAAUAACUCUUGGACUAUUUGCUGUUGAGUUCAUUGGUUUCAUGGGUGGAGUCACUAUGUUCAUGCCAUUUCAAGCUCUCUUAUCAACAGCAGCUCACAGUGGAGCGGCCAUAGCAUUAGCCUAUUUUUUGUUUGACCAGUGGCCCUGUCAUUGGUACUGGUACAUUUUUGGUUUCUGUUCAGCAUUCCCUGCAUGUAUGGAGAUCAUUUCUAUCAUAGGAAUACUUUGUUUCAGAAAAGGAUACUGAGCAGCAGAUUGUAUAUACUGUGUAUCAAAGCAGAAUAUUUUAUUUUUUAAUCAACUGGCAUAUUUUCUAUUUAUUGUAAUAAAUAAAUUUAAGAUUAAAACAAA